UUGUCCUUGCACUUCUUCGGGUGGACGCGGGCUCUCCAGAAUCCUCUUCAUCUUCUGGACACGCUCACCGAACAGAAACAGAGACAAGGGAACAAAACAAAAUAGCAAUACAGAAUAGAAAAGGGGGUAGGAUAUAUAUAUAAAAAAAUCAUAGGAAAACAAAAUAGAGAGACGACAAAAAACAAAACUACAGAGAGAAAAAAGGGAAGAGUUACAUUAGCUUAUCGUUCAACCACCACCACCACCGCCGCCGUCAUGUCCACCGAAAGGCUCCUGACCACUGUGCUCUCCUCCGUGUUCUUCCUGGCCCUGGCAAGCAAGUGUGUGGCCGUGCCGGAGGAGGGCAACCACGCCGGCCCCCCGCCCCCCCGCGAGCCUCCCCACGACCCCCACGCCGACAAAGGGAGUGAAGAGUCGUGGGAGGUUGCUGCUACUGGCGGAGAGAACGACCAGCACGACCACCACGACCAUCCCCUCGACCACUCCCUCGAAAACCACCACCUUGCCAAGCGGUUCAUAUGGACUCUCACUCAGGAACCUUACUUCUACGAGAAAUAUGGAGGCGGUGAGGGCGGGGAGGUCGGCCGCGUGGGAGGACAGCUGGGCAUGGGUCGCGUGGACUCCGGCCCGCCCAUGAACCCUGAGACUCUCCUGCCCCAAGCCAUGCCCCUGAGGAACCCCAGCACCUCCUCCCUCCACAAGCGCCUCUACCCACGUUUCUACCAGGCCUAUGUGUCCAAGCACCCAAGUUUCAACCGCGUGGCCAGCCCCGUCGGUGAGCACAAGAGGUUUCCGCCCUUCCACCCGCUGGCUCGCUUCCGUGGCCUGUCCCCCGGUGGCUCCUCCUCCGCCUACCGCCACGACUACGCUUCCUUCGCCGACCACAACGGACACCGCCUUCCCACAGCCCCUAACGCCCAACCCUCCCUCAAGUACGAGUCUCCCAUGCUAGAAGACGAGGAGGAGGAGGAGGAAGAGGAGGGCGAGGAGGAGAAGCCUGUCAGGGUCGGCGAACUUCUGCAUCUGCUCAAGUCCAUCGCCGGAGACCGCGGGCUGUCCGGCCACACCAAGAGCUUCCGCUUCGGCAUCAGCAGGAGGAAGUGAGGAGCAGGAGACAGCAGAGGAGGAUGCAGGGAGGGCGGAAGGGAGGAUGAACUGAGAGAGAAAGACGGCAGAACGGGAAGAAGAGAGGGAGGGAAGGAGGGAAUCGAAAUAAAGAAAAGGGAGUGACAAGGGAGACAGGAAAGAAAAUAAUUAGUAAUGAUAUGGAGUUAGGAAGGAUGGAUUAAGAAAAGGGAGAAAGAAGAAAAGGAAGGACAUUAGGGAGAGAGGGAAGGAGGGAAUAGUGAGGCGUAAGGGAGGGAGAAAACGAUAAGGUAAGGGAGAAAGGAAGGAAUAAUGUUAGUAGUUAUAAGGAAGGUGGAAAGGGAGGGAUGGAAGAGGCUGAGGAAUAGGAGGAAUGUAGGAGAGUAUGUUCUUGAGUUACAGCAUUGGAAAAUUGUUGAUAUCAAAAUAAUAAUCAUGAUAUAGUAGGCGUUCCCGUAUACCCAACUCAGGCCAGCAAUUUUGACAUGUUUCUGGGGGUUCUAGACGGCAUCAUAGGUUUAUGGUGGGUGGAGGAGGGUGGCGAGCGAAGCGAGUAUGUGCAAUUUUGGAAUUAUAAAAAAAAAACCACUCAAGGGCAUUUUGAGGCCGAUAUAGAAAACAUUGGGUGGCUAUAGCCCCCCUUGCCCCUCCGAAAUCACGGUCCUGUAACUAGCCAAUCAUGUAUACAAACACACAUACAUAUAUACAUACAUACAAACACACACAACGGCAGUAUAUUUGGCCAUUGUCAAAUCUAGUCAAUUUAUGAUAUUUGCUUAACAACAGCAACAUAUACAUCAACAAAGCAACAGCACAUACAUACGGACUUCUCACCGUUCCCUCAAGUCUCGUCAGAAAGACAGAAUUACACAUUAUAGACUUACAUAACAGAAUUACACAUUACAGACUUACAUAGCAGAAUUACACAUUACAGACUUACAUAACAGAAUUACACAUUACAGACAAUUACAUAACAUAAUUACACAUGAAACUCAUCAUUACUCACUUAGAUCAACCCCGUAUGGCUUGUAGAGUAAAAGAGAAAGCAGGGCAGCAAGCACCGGGUAGUGGAUUUCAAGGGGCACUGCUGUAAAUGGAAGAGGUAAGACAGUUAUCACAUUAACCCCACCUUCCCCUGACUCCAAAUCGUCUCCCCUCGGCCACGCCACAAGCUCCCCCUAACGGCCUCUCCCUCACUUCCCCUCCCUCCCUCCCCACCCCACCGUCACGUCAAUCAGCUGGUCACUGUUCAGGCUGAGACAGGUUGGUUCCCUUGCCUCCACACGCUGCCUGCCCGACACCUCCCAUCUGUAGCCCGGUGUGUGUCAAGGAGUCUAUAGAAUCCUUGUUUAUCUAUCAUUUUGCAGCAGAGAGAGAUACGUGCGCUUGGGAAAUGCUGUCUAUAUGUAUACUUCAUUCACCCAAUAAACGAGUCAACUUUA